GCCAAAAACCUUCCAGUGAUCCCUGAGAACGCAGAUAUUUUCGGAGCCUUCUGGAAGCCCUAAUAGAAGUGCCUUCCUUAGCGAGUUUUUUUAAAAUCUUGAAGCCUGAGCGGACAAUUAAAAACGCACGCAGGCCAAUUUCCGGAGGACCGAGAUUGCGACGAACAACCAGGAAGCGGCCGGGCUGGGAGCUGUCCCCGGUUCUUCGCUCUACUGUCCAGGCCGCCUCCCGGGUCCUUACACCGUGUUCCUCUGACCUGUGUGGCCUCUGCCACGACCUGGGCUCCGGCCCGGGCCGAUCACUCCGGAGCCGCCAUGUCAUCCGAUUUCGAAGGCUAUGAGCAGGACUUCGCGGUGCUCACGGCAGAGAUCACCAGCAAGAUUGCGAGGGUCCCCCGACUCCCUCCUGAUGAGAAGAAGCAGAUGGUUGCCAACGUGGAGAAACAGCUCGAAGAAGCGAAAGAACUGCUGGAACAGAUGGAUCUGGAAGUCCGGGAGAUCCCCCCCCAGAGUCGAGGGAUGUACAGCAACAGGAUGCGCAGCUACAAGCAAGAAAUGGGCAAACUUGAAACAGAUUUUAAAAGGUCACGGAUCGCCUACAGUGACGAAGUACGGAAUGAGCUCCUAGGGGAUGAUGGGAAUUCCUCAGAGAACCAGUUGAUAAAAUUACGUGAAGAGAGGGCACAUCUGCUCGAUAACACAGAGAGGCUGGAAAGGUCAUCUCGGAGACUAGAGGCUGGAUACCAAAUAGCAGUGGAAACCGAGCAAAUUGGCCAGGAGAUGUUGGAAAACCUCAGUCACGACAGAGAAAAGAUACAGCGAGCACGUGAACGACUUCGAGAAACAGAUGCUAACUUGGGGAAAAGCUCCAGGGUUCUGACGGGGAUGUUGCGAAGAAUCAUCCAGAACCGCAUCCUGGUCGUCAUCUUGGCCAUCAUCCUGGUUGUCACCAUCCUGAUGGCGAUCACUUUUUCUGUCAGAGGACAUUGAUGGAUCUGCUCUUCCCUGAUAAACAGCAACAACGGCCUGUUCUGAGUAAUUAAGACAAAAUGGUCACAUGAAUCAUUCUUUUGCGCCGACAGGCCCUGAAUGACCCUCCCUCUUGUCACCAGUGUUCAGCUGAAGCACAAAGAGUGUAAAAAUAUUUUCUAUUCCUGCUUGCGUGUGGGUCGGUUUCCUUUUCUAGUUUGUCUUCACCCAGAUUUGUUCUUUUGUAGGAGAAGGUGAAUGUUUAUUUGCCUUUUGGGAAUUUCAUCUACUCACCAAAAUAGCCUUGGUGACUUUUCUUCCUGGCCUGUGGACAUGUCAGGGGUCAUGGUUUGGGAUAGGGCAUGAUGAGUCAGUCAUGGGGCAUCUGAUGGGCUGUGCUGUUUGUCAUACAUCUCUUGUCACCAAACUGCCCUUCUGUGAUGUCCAAGAAUAAAAUGCAGAGAAAAACAGAGGCCAGAGCCAGUGACCCACUCCAGUAAACCGGCCCCAUUCCUACCCAGGCAUAAUGAAUAUACUCUACCUGCCUGAGUGCUUUCAUUGUAAAGGUGGAUAUUUAAUAUCAUUUGUGCAGGAAAUUGACUUAGCACUUUCUCUGUUUUUCUAUGCAUAUAUAUUUUUUUUUACAGCCAAGAAUAUUUUUGCUGAGCCUGCCCAAGAUCCACUUUUCACAACUUUGAUUACUGGCUACAUGAAAUAUUUCCUUACCUUCCCCAAAUCCCACAGUCCCCAGAAUUUGCUGGCAAAGGGAGCUUUGGCAUGAUAUUUAAUUGUGACCUCCUCUCCCCUGACCUGUGUAAGCAUCUCUGUAUCCUUUCGGUUUUAAUAUCUGCACUGCCAAAAGCAGCCCUCAUACAUGCAAAAGGUCUGACAAGGUUCCCUCCACAUCCAUUCCAGUAUGUAAAGAGAACAUGAAUAUUUCAGGAAGAGCAAGAACAUGAGUCCGUCAGUGUGAAAUUUCAAAUGUGAUUAUAAAUAUGGCACUGAGUCCUAUAGGAUGAUCCACUAGAAAUAAACUUUAUGAGAAAUGGUCACUAACCUCCUUCAAAAGAGUAAGGGAUUGCAGCAUGUUACAAAGGACUGCUUGGGUUUUCUGAAAAAAAAAAAAAAAAAAUGUUAGCACAGCCUUCCUGAAUUCACUGUGUAUUCAAACCUCUGACAUGCUUUGUGAGUUUCUUUGGUUUCUUUCUGUCCGAGGUAACCGGGAAUUGCGUUCAAAAUGAGUUCAUUUAGGAUCAAGCUUAAAGUUGCCCAUGCUGAGGUCAUUUCCCCCCAGUCAUAAAGCAAAAUGUGUUUUUCUUAAGACUUUGUAGGCAUUUACGAGGUCCGUGCUAUCUUUUGAAGAUAAUUGGAAGUUUUGAAUCCUGGAAAAGCAAACCUGUUCUCUUCAUAAAAAAUGCUAACCACCUGUGCCCAGAGAUUGAGCUCGCCUCGAUGCGGCACUUUAUUUUAUAUUUUGUCCCAACUCCGAAAAGAACCAUGAUGGUUUAGAGAGGAAAUGCAGAAUGGCAAAAUCCACCAGAGAAAUCGUACUUAGCGCAACAAGCCAGGCCCUGCGUGUGUCCAGAUAAAUCAUUUAGUAUUGUGUAAAUAAAACCGCAGCCUUUACUUUGCAGGGAUGGUAUGGGAUUUGGGCAAAGAGAAGUAGAACAGUGAAGCAGUGGAAAGGCAGUGCUAAUUUUCCUAUCAGCUUAAGGGAUCCAUCUCAGCAAGUUUCUUUUAUUCCGAUAACGGGUUUCCGUACAUGCUGAACACAUUGAAGAAACCAUUAAAAAGCAGGAGAACAAACAGACAACAUCCUUCUCCUUCCGAAACACUAAUGGCAGGGAAGUAUUACCCCCGCGUCUCCGGUGGCUUUUGAAACCGUUGACUUAGCUAAAGCGUAUAACCAGUUAUCCAGCGACCCCUCACACCUCUUCCCAAGGCCACCCACAAAACCGGGUUGAUCUGAUCAUCUCAACCCACCGGCUCCUCAAUAUUUCACUAACACUUUGCAUUCAUGUUGAAGUAGAUGAAAUGGGGUGGGGGGGAGGGGGAAGCAUUACUUCCCUAUCAAUGGCUUUUCCUUUCCAGUUCUACCUCUUUAUCAGCUCUUGCCUGAGCUUUUGCCCCAAUUCAACCUUGAGACUGGGAGACUCUGAACAGAUAACCCUUGGCCUACCAACCCCAUCAAACCCACCUUGAGAGUGACCCCCAAGACCCUGAUGGUGAGCGUUUUGUAGGAAGCUGGUCUGAAGUCCGGAGAACUCCCUGGCCCUCCGCCUGCUGCAGAAGAAAUGCAAAGGAGCCCACCAGAGGCAUGCUUUUCUCCCGUCCCCACUCCCCUGCUCCUCUGGGAAGGGAGAAAGCCCACAAAUUCGAAGCAGGUCCUAGAUCUGUGAAAGGUUCUAGGAACUUGCUAUGUAGACUUUGACUGCUGACUAUGCCUCCAGUUGGGAGCCUGUGCUAGAAAAUGAUGUUCAAUGUGAAGGGGGGUGGAGGGGUGGUGAAGAGAAGACACCGAGGAGGAAGAGGAAGAGGCGGCCCUUGCCAUAUAAAAUUCAUGCAGACUAAACAGUUUCCCUGACCGAAUAAAUAAAGCCGAUGCUACCCUGCUCCAGAAUCAAAAGCAAUUUAAUUAAAGUCUCUUAAGUUGUAAAGAGUUUUAAAUGUUCCGUGUUGAAGGCGAAUGCCUGCAUAUGCAAUGGGCUUGACGUCAGCCGCCAGGCCUGGGCUGGGAGGCCAUUUGCUAUUCUGUUUAAGGCAGGCUGGAUUGUCUUAUUUUGGAACCAGCUUGGUGGGGGGUUUGCUUUGCUACUGCUUCUGAGCCCUGAGCUUCAAAGGCUGAAAUUAAUGGUGAACAAAAUUGUGCAGCUCUGGCCGUCCCAUGCGGGGCAAGCCCAUUGAGGGUUAUCAUUAAGUAAAGAAAUAAAGAGGGGGAAAAAAGCCUGCCUGUUCCAAAAACCUCAUCAGAUAAUGACCUCAGUGAUUGGAUUUUCAUUACCAAACAGCAUCCAGAGAUUAUCUACCCCAUAGAAGAAGGGAAGGGGGGGUGGUGGAAAGAAAGAAAGCAACUGUCUUUCUCUUCCUCUCUUUCUCUUUUUUUUUUUUUUGCACAUCUUUUCUUUAAAACUGUCAGAUCAUUUCAGUAUUUCAAAUCCGAGGAAAACAGCCUGCCUGCUGCUGUAUUUGAAGUUGUAAUGGUGUCAAAAAGUCACGACUGACUGACAGCCGUCAGUCCCAGAGGGGCUCAUUAAAUCAUAAAAACUUGACAAGGAAAUAAUUGCGCAUCGCCAGCAACUUGGCGCCUGUUUAGACGUUUUUAUUUUCUUUCAUUAUUAGUCCCCACCAUUGCGUUCAUUAACAAAUUGCAUUAAACAACUGUUAAGGGCUAA